AUGGUAGCAAGACGAGGUCUUGUAGCACCCCAAAAUUUCUUUCUAGACUCUGUUAUUAGACGUUGUAAUAAUACUGAAUCCUCGUUUAUCCUGGCAAAUGCUCAAAUUUGUGAUUAUCCAAUUGUUUAUUGCAACGAAGGUUUUUCAAAAAUGAUUGGUUAUAGUCGUGCUGAAACAAUGCAAAAGAAUGCAUCUCUUUCCUUUAUGUACAGCGACCAUACAGACACUUCAGCAAUUCAAAAAAUUCAAAAUGCUUUAGAAAAUGCAAAAACAGAGCAAGUUGAAAUUGGCCUUUGCAAAAAGAAUAAGACGAAUGUUUGGUUAUUAAUGAAUAUAUCUCCAAUAAUGGGGAGUGCAGGGACUGAAGCAGGUGUUGGGGGAGGACAUUCAGAAACAACAGAAAAAAAAACUGGCUCGACAAAAGUUGGAGGGAGUGGGGGAAUUGAUAUUAAAAAUAAAGUAGUUUUGUAUUUGUGUCAAUUCAAGGAUAUUACUCCUCUGAAGGAACCGUUAGAGGGCGAAAAUAAUAAAAUCCUUGGUCUUUCACGCAUUUUACAAAUUGCCAGAGUAGCCAAAUAUAGACAGCAAUUUACACCUAAUCAUAUCGAGACGAAAGAUCUUAAACCAGCACAAAGUGUUAUUGGUUCUAAUUUUAAUCAGCUAAUGAAUUUGGGAGGAGAUGUGUUGCCACAAUAUAGACACGAGACACCAAAAACAUCACCACACAGUAUUGACUAUGUUAUUUUACUCGAUUCUGUUGUUGAUGUUAUUUUUUUCGCUGAUAUUUUACUUAAUUUCCAUACAACAUUUGUUGGCCCUGUUGGAGAAGUAGUAAUAGACCCAAAAGCAAUUAGACAUAAUUAUUUCAAAUCUUGGUUUCUAAUUGAUUUACUUUCUUGUUUGCCUUAUGAUAUAUUUUAUAUGUUUAAACAGGACGAUGAAAGAAUUGCCUCUCUAUUUAGUGCCCUAAAAGUUGUCCGUCUUCUCCGACUUGGAAGAGUUGCCCGUAAACUUGAUAAUUAUUUGGAAUAUGGUGCAGCAACUCUUUUACUUUUACUCUGUGCCUAUGUCCUUGUAGCUCACUGGAUGGCUUGUAUUUGGUAUGUAAUCGGUGAAUACGAGGCUAGAAAUAAAUUUCAUUUUCUUCAAGAACAAACUUUGGCUGAUGGUUGGCUAAUUCGUCUUUCAUAUGACUUAAAAAUGCCAUUUAAUUCGAGUGCUUCAAAUCUAAGUAGAUUAGUUGGAGGUCCAGAUAAAACACAUUGUUAUGUGUCUUCUUUAUAUUUCACAAUGUCUUGUAUGUCCACCGUUGGGUUUGGAAAUAUUGCGAGUACAACUAUGAAUGAAAAAAUAUUUGGAAUGUUAGUAUAUUCUGUACUUCUUUGA